GUGCAGGCAAAGUUUGGUGUUUCUAACUUCAGCAACAUGUGCAGAGAGGCACCAUGUUGUAUUGUGCUCCUUUUAAAAGGCAUUGCCUCAUGCUGCCUUAGAUGGCAAGUAUUUACGGAUAGAUCAUUCCAAAGGUUUUUGACAAGGCUUAGCCCGUCUCUUCCUCCUUAAUGAGUCUUUUCUAUUAAUUUUUUAAAAAAGAAAACUAAUAAAUAGCAAAUACUGGAGGUUAAAUAAGGACAUCACUUGGAACCCUAGUAAAAAAUUAAGUUAACAGAUUAAAAAUCCCACCUGACAGUACCCAAGUCUAUAAACAACAACUGAUCCAUCUAACCCUGUUCUGCAGUUCCUGACUUGCAGUGAUUCCCUGAAACUCAUCUUGGGCGAAGAGCUUGGCUUUUCAAAUUCGUGUUCAUCCCUGCUUUCUAUUAGGCCAUGCCCAGAAACUCGUCUUUCAUCUUUCUACCUCUGAGCCUUCCCUAGAGAUGGUCAUUCUUUACCGGAGGAAGAGCACUCUGCACAUACUCAUAAGCCAUGCACAAAAAUUAAAAAAAAAAAAAAAACCCAACCCCAAGCAUGCUGCUAAUUCGAUACCUUCCAGCCCCUCUGAGAAAGAGAAAAAGGAACCCGGGGGGGAGGCAAGGAAAGAGCAGUGGCCCAGAUGCGCGCCAUUGGACCUCGGCGCAUCCCAGCGGGCGGAGGAAACCGUCCAGCCAGGGGCCGAGCUCGGCGACUCCUCCAUGGAGCAAUCGUGGCAAGGCAACCCUGCCCAGUCUCCCCCUCCCCCUUUGGGCGAGGGGCUGUCCCAAGCCGGCUUCCCCUUCCUUUCGGCGCUGACUGACAGGGAUCGCAGCCACUGCCUGCCCUGUGGAGGGGGGACUAACCCCAGCCUCUCCGGCGCAGCCCGGGAACCAACCUGGUGGCCACCUCCAGGGCAGGGCAAGGAGAGAAGGGCUUGUGAGGCGCCGCAGGCGAGGUGACGGGCUGGGCCGGGCCGAGCCGGCCGGGGUAUGAUGGGCGCCGCGGAACUCAAGGCGGAGCCGCCGCCGCUGCCGCUAUCGCUGCCUCUGCCUCUGCCGCCGCCGCCACAAGAGCCCUAAAAGAGAGCCGCGCUGGAGGCGCCCCGGCCCAGUCCCAUCCAGGGGCGGGAUUCUGGAUUUCUCCAGGACAGGAAGUGUUGGAAAAGAGAUUGAAAAGAAGCCGGAGAAGUAAAGAUGCUGCUGUCAGAACAACUCUGCUUUGCAGUCAUUCCAUCAGCCUGUUUCUGUGGCAGGAAAAAGAGCACCAAUGAUUGAAAAAUGGUAGCACAAGCAGACUUAGGAAGACUCCAUAUAAUAUGUAGAAGGAACAGAUGAAGUUAUUCGGAUGACUUGGAAGAACUUUGAUGCAGGGAGGUGCCCUUUUACUUAAUCACCACAUCACCGGCAAUAGGAUACCUUUAAAGAUUGUCCAUCCUUUCCGGUUGGGUGUCUUAUACCUAUCUUGCUCCCUGGGACUGCACGUUGCAUUGAAGCUCUCUUUCAGUCGGCUCAAUCGGCCCAGUCUCCUCUCGCUGGGGUAGUUCUACUUUUGUCUGCAGGAAGCUUGGAGGACUAGAGCUUCCUUUCUUGCGGGAGUAAAAGAUGGCUGCCACACAGGAAGUACCUCCUCCAGCAUUGGGCCUCCACUUUUUGUACCCAUUAGAAGAAACAAUGGCACCCAGGGUGAAAAUAGAAGAGCCUGGUCCCCCAUGUCCUGAAGCUGGUUGGGAAUGGGAUGCUCCGGGGAAGACUCCUCUUGUUGUCCAGGCAGGCACCAUUAGUGAUCUGUUGAGGUGGGCAACUCCUCCCCAAGUAAGGAGCGACCCAAUUCCACAGCUUUGGGAGGUUCAGUGCCAGGAGAUGGUGCAAAGCCUGAGGACACCUGCUGAUGUCAUGCCAGCCCCUGUGCCUGUCCCACCCCCAGCCCCUGGCUGGGGCAACCUUCAACUACCUGAGCUUGCACCUGUGGAUGACAUUGAAGCCUACCUGUCAUCCUUUGAGCGUGCGGCUGAAUCAUGCCAGUGGCCGAGAGGAGAGUGGAUGAGCCGCCUUAUGCCAGCUCUCGGAAAAGCCCAGCCACCACAUAAUGGCUUGGAUGCCAGAGGUGGCAGGAAUGAGCAUAGAAAGUCCAAAUCUUCUGGCCUGCGAGGAGAGGCAGGCGCCAAUGUGGAAAUGCAGCGGCAGCGUUUCCGGCAGUUCCGUUACCAGGACUCUGAAGGCCCCCGGGAGGCUUGUCGGAGGCUCCGGGAGCUUUGCCGGCGUUGGCUGAAGCCUGAGAGUCGCACAAAGGAGCAGAUUCUUGAACUGCUGAUCCUGGAGCAGUUCCUGACCAUCUUGCCCCAAGAGAUCCAGAGCUGGGUGUGGGAACGAGGCCCUGAGACGUGUGCCCAAGCGGUAGCCUUGGUGGAAGGAUACCAGAUGGGACGGCGAGAGGCAGGGAUGUGGGAGCAGCAGGUUACAGUGCGGGUCAAGGUUGAACAGGUAAGCCCACAGGAAAUGAUUUUACCUGGAGCACCGUGGGAUCCUUCAGCCUCGCUGCUGCCCCAUCCCGAGUGCUUAUCCUCAUCAGAUAUAACACUAAACCAGCCUAUCCCAGGCUCUGCUCUCAAGAUGCCCUGCAUCCCAAAACAGGAACCACAAAGCCUUCAGGACACAGGCUCUCUACUGGCCAAUGGAAUCCGAGAGAACCACUCUUUGCCUGGAGGCAUGAUGGAAAUGGGAUUGCUCCCUGGGAAUUCCCGGGAGAAAAUGUUGGGUGAGAAUUGUGGUGAACGGAUGAGUCAACAAUGUGAUGUGAGAUUUGGAGACACAAGAGAGAAUCCAGUUGCACAUCUCAACUCUCUUGGAGGCUCUCACCCAGCAGGAAAGUCCCUUCACCAGUGUUCAGAAUGCGGGAAAACAUUUAGCCGUAACUCACAUCUUCUCACUCACCUAAGGAUCCAUACUGGGGAGAAGCCCCACCAGUGCCCUCAGUGUGGCAAACGUUUUGGUCAUACUUCCCAGCUGACUCGUCAUCAGAGGACCCAUGCCUCAGAGAGACCUUUCCGAUGUGCUCAGUGCAGCCGAAGUUUUUACCAGAGCUCAGAGUUGACCAGGCAUCGAGUGUCCCAUGCCAGAGACCGUCCGUACGGGUGCAGCCAAUGUGGGAAGAAGUUUCGCUGGAGUUCUGAUCUCAUCCGACACCAGAUCACCCAUACAGGAGAGAGACCGUACAAGUGUCCUGACUGCGGGAAGAAGUUUGGUCAGAAUUCGCACCUGGUUCGACAUCGGAGAACCCACACUACUUAGCCAAGAUCUUCCCAGAAGGAAAGAAAACUUGUUUCCCAGCAUUGAAAGCUCACUAAGGUCCAAAGCAUGGAACCAGACCACCACUUAGCUUAGUGUCAUAAUGAGCCAGAUGACCGAUGAACUUUCAGUUCAGUAUCUGCAGAGAUUUACCUGUUGAUAUGGCUUAAUUAGAAAGAAUCCAGUCUACCUGCAGUGGGAUAGGCAAGGUGGCAGUUCCCCAAUACCAAUUUGUGUUCUACCUAGAGAGUCACAGUAGAACGGAACUGAUUACUUUAAAAAGGUGCUGAGCCUUACUAGAGCUGACUUCCUGGACUAUACUAAACCACUAAUAUUGUGGUGGCACCAGUUGGAGGUCUUUUUUCUUUCUCUAUCUCCUUUUCCUUCCUCCCUCAUUCUCUUUUAAUAGAAAAGAUAAUAGAACUUCUAGUCAUCUAGACAGAUUUAUUGUUACGUAACAACUUGUAUUCCUUGCCCUGAGACCAUUUCUUUGUUGUGAAGCAAAAGCAAUGUAUUUUUUUGAGAAAUGACCAGUCUGCAUUGGCAGAGGGUUGAAAUCUUUUAAAAUGAUGGAGAUCUCCUCUUGGGGAAGCUGCUGUGGAGUAUUUUGCCUUUUUUUUUUUUUAAAUUACAACUUUGAUAAAUGGGAAAAUUGUCAACCUAAA